CCCACUUGCAACAACCUUGGAAGGCACUCCCACACCUGACGCUGCCUUGCUGCACCCUGGGCCCCUCCCUUCCCAUGGCCCACUGGCUCGGCAGUCGCAGGACGUGGUCCUGCAUUUUGGACUGGCGUAUCUGCACCGCGAUGAGAUCGAGUGCCAAAGGUUGGCUCCCAAGUGCUACGUGCCUUUCUGGUUGCUUGCCUCGAGUCCUCGCUGGCAGCUCUGUCAAGAGACAAUGGCCGGUCGCGUUGCGCGAACAAUGGACGUAUCCACCCCUCGGACCAGCCUGGCUGAUCGUCCACUACGAUGCCCACAAGUGCUGACGAGCUGAAGGCCAGCCCUGACCCGAGGAGCAACUCGGCGUACUUUUGAGUCCCAGCCGUCCUUACGAUGCCGCCGGGCUUCUACCUCUGACAGCUGAAAGCGCCACCACGGCCAGGGUCUCUCUAACCUGCCCAACCCAGCACCG